AACAUACGGUCUGGGUACGUUCCUUGACAACCCCAAAACGUGAAAACAAGAUGGCGAAAUUAUGCAGACGAUCGAGAGUCGAGCCCUUUAAGAAGAGAUUUUGAUCACUGCCACCUUAGCUGAAAAUGAUCUGAAUAACUUUUUAACCACAGAACGAAGAGCUCCGACAAAAAUGCCGACGGGUCUGGAGAAGCAGACAGCCCAGCGGGCCACUGACUGUGGGGAGACGCCUGACUAUGUCAGCAAAGUUACUGCUCCAAGGAAUCCCAAAUUAGUCAGAGGGCCAGUGGAAGAGCCAAAACUGACACCAUCAUCCUUCAUGAAAGAGAUGGCGCAGACGACGCAUGAGAAGCUUGCCAACACGCAUGACAUGCGCAUACCACAGGUCAUUGAACUCUUAGACAUGGGGGACACAACACAUCAAAAGUUCUCUGUUGUGGACAUUGAUGAGCCCAUGUUCCAGCCAUUUCCGUCCGAGAUCGUCUUCCAACAGUUUGAGCCUCAUGAGAUUUAUGAGGUACCGUUGCUCCUCAGAAACAACGAUAAAGUUUCCAGAUUAGUCAAAGUGUUCCAGGCAGACUCGCCCUACUUCAAGAUCAUCAGUCCGCCGGACAGUGCUAACAAGGUUGCCCCCGGCAUGCCCAUAGUCUUCAGGAUCCAAUUCAUGCCUGCGGAAAAGAAGGAUUACCUCCACGAGCUGAUCUGCAUGACGGAGCGGGAGAAGUUCGCAGUACCGGUGAAAGCCAUCGGUGCCCGGGCCCUGCUGGACUUCCCUGACCAGGUCAACUUCUCCACUUGCCCUGUCAAGUAUCCCUCCGCCAAGACGCUGCUCGUCAGGAACGUUGGGAACAGGGAAGCCAGGUUCUCGCUCUCUGUACCAGAACCGUUCGCAGUCCAUCCCGAUUGUGGCACACUGGCCGUGAAUGAAAGCUUACAGGUAGAAGUGACAUUCAAACCCAGCACCGUAGGAGACCACAGCCAAGAGCUUUUAAUCUCCUACGACACAGGUGAAGACAUCAUCGUCACGUUGUACGGUGCGGCCGUGGACGCCAACGUCCGAUUGGACAAGAACACGGUCCGCAUAGAGAACACCUUCAUCUCGAUGGCCAAUCAGAGAUCGCUUACCAUCAACAAUCGCAGUGAUGUCAUCGCUCACUUCCAGUGGAAGCCGUUUGCCACGGCCGAGGAGGAGGAACAACAGAAAGACAGAUUUUGUACUGAUUUAGGAGAUGAGGAACAGGCAGAGCACGAUCGCUUCUUAGAAGAGUGCAUCAUGGAUCACACGCUGCGCGACAAAAUGGCCAUCCUGACUAGGACCUUCAAUAACAGGAGGAAGAUGGUUGAAAGCAACAGCAUGCUGUACACCGACUCCGCUUUCUCCAUAGAGCCCCUAGAGGGCGACAUUUGGCCCAACUCUUCGGCCGAGGUCAACGUGAUCUUCAAGCCCGAGGAGGCGCGGACUUACUGGAGCACCGCCUACUGUGACAUCACUGGCCGGGAGACGCGACUUCCGCUCAGGAUGCGAGGAGAUGGCGUCGGUCCCAAAGUGGUCUUUUCCUUUGACACCUUGGACAUGGGGCAUAUUUUUGUUGGAUCUACCCACACAUAUGAGGUGGUCCUGAGCAACCAAGGCGACAUCGACGCGACCUUCACCCUCCUCCCCAACGCAACCACCUUCGGUCCUCGUUUCCAGUUCAGCCCCAGCGAGGGGAUCGUGGUCCCCGGCGGCCACCAGGCCGUCAAGGUGGCCUUCUCCUCCCCGAUGCUGGGGGACUUCGACGAGGAGUUCUACUGCUCCGUCAAGGGGCUUCCGGGGAAACUCAAGCUGAACUUCAAGGGCGACGUGAUCGGGCCCACGUUCCACUUUGACCAGCCCAAGCUGAAGUUUGGCACUGUGUCUUAUGGAUUCAAAAGCACAAGGAUCGCGACCCUUGCCAACACUGCCCUGGUACCCAUGACCUUUAACCUCAGGGUACCGGGCGACGGUGCUGGGGAAGUGGUGUCGGCGACCAGCGGGGAACCGACGCUGAACCGCACCAAUCUGAGCGUGCCGCCCACCGAGUUCUGUAUCACACCGGAGAAGGGGACUAUUCCUCCACAGAGUGAAGUCAAAAUACAAGUGGAGUUGACAUCGAAUACUGUCAAGAAAUACGACAUGUCUCUGGUCGUUGAUGUUGAGGGAGUUGGGACAGAGCUCCUGGCCCUGCCAAUCACGGCUAAGUGUGUUGUACCAGCUAUCGUGGUUGUGACGCCCAUCAUGGACUACACUAGAUGUUUCCUGAACCACCCCUAUGAGCUGAACACUAAGCUGUUCAAUGAUUCCGACUUGCCUGCUAAAUAUGACUUAGUCCCUCAGGAGAUUGAAGACAUGAGUCCAAUGCUGUACACCAGCCCGCAGGCCACAGGCAUCAUUGAGCCUCACUCCACAGCCAAGGUCCCCUUGGUCAUUAUGCCUAAAGCGCUGGAGGAGAUCGAAGCUGUGGCAGAGUUCAGUAUCUUUGGAAGUACUGAACCACCAUUGCAAGUGCAACUGAUGGCCAUCGGAGAGGGCCCUGUCGUCCACGUGACACCCACCGAGAUUGACUGGGGACAGACCCCUGUCCUUACUGAUGUCACUAAGAUAGUCACACUGUCCAACGAAUCGCUGAUUCCUGCACCGUUCUGUUGCACGCUGAUGCGGCCCAACUCCCUGUGGCAGGUUGAGCCCAAGGAGUCUGUCAUCCCACCAGAGGAGAGCCUAGAUCUCAAGCUGACGGUCAACCUGGAUGACUGCAUUAGGUUCCAAGACAAGCUGGCCAUCAACUUUGAGUACAGCCAAACACGGACAAUCAAGCUACAAGCCUACGGACACGGUACCACUAUCGUAUCCUUCCCACCUAUCACACCUGGUAUUGAGCUGGGACAUCAUUUCAGUAGUGGCCCCAGCCGCCGGAUGUUCACUCUAACCAACAAGGGACGACGUCACCAGCAGCUCUUCUGGAGCACCGAGGGCUUCAACCCCGUCAAACUGAAGAACAGAGACCCUUACUACAACCCACUCGAUGUCAAAUAUCAGAGGAUGCCGCCGCCAGCUCCCCCACCUAAGCCGGUCUUUAGCCUGACCCCGUCACGCUUCGAGCUUGAACCCGGAGAGAGUAUUGACGUGAUCUUAGAAGGCCAGGCAGAUACGCCCAAGGUUGUCAAGGAGCGCAUGCUGUGCCACGCCAUCAUCGGCAAGGCUAGCGGUAAGGAGAAGAUUAUGAAGACGGACAUCAGUAUUGAGUUCAUCAGCCCGCUGCUGGAGUUCUCCACCAAACAAGUCAUGUUCAGAGUCGACAAGCUUCCGGAUGACGUCCUUGAGAAUCAGUUGGAAGAACUGACUUUAACCAACGUGUCUUCCUUACCUCUGCACACCCACGUCGACUUGGAGGAACCGUUUGUCAUCAUCACGGAGGAAGAAGGCCAACAGAAGGAAGUCUCUGUCAUGGAUAUACCUUUGGAGGUCGGUGAGUCCCAGACAUUGAAGAUUCAAUUCAACCCAGCCUACCUAGAGGACUCAUACUCCAGGGUAGCAGAGAAGGUGCUAACCUUCAGAUACCAAGAGCAUCCACACAUUGAUUACGUCGGCCUGCGAGGCGAGGUCUACUUCCCCAACCUGACCUUUGAGAAGAUGCAGGUCGACUUCGGCUGCAUCCUGAACGACACUGAAGUCACCCGCUACGUCAACAUCACCAACGACAGCCCCAUGCCCGUCAAGUACCGCUGGUCCUUCCUGGAACCCCCGAACCCCAUCGUGGUCUACCCGCAGCCCUUGCCUGUUCAGAUGACCGAGGGUGGGGAGGGAACCGGUGGUGAAGGGGACCAGCACGUGGCGUUUGAGGAGUUGCAGGAGGAGGGGGAGCCGGGGGCGGAGACUGAUGGGGAGGAAAAGGGGAUGGAGGCUGAGGAACAGGAAAAAGAGAAACCUCUUGACUCAGCCCCAACGGAGGAAACCCCAUCCACCGUCAACAUCAAACUCCCCCCGGAGGAGAGCAUCAAGGACACCCAGUCAGUCAAACUCAUCACCCAGGACACCAAGGAAUCCCUGGCUGAUGACAAACACCAUCACGACGGCGGGGAGAAGUCCCCCAAGAAAUCCCCCCGCAAGACCCCGCGCAAGUCCACGGGCAAGAGCCAAGGGAAGUCGGCCAAGUCGGUCAAGACGUCGGUGACCGAGGACAGUGUCGGUCACAAGAGGAAGAAGACAGAGGACAAGGAUGAGGCGAGGGAAUCAGAGACGCCUGCUGAGCAGAUCUUGAGCGUUGUCGACAUGCAAUCAAUGGAGGAACACCCAGCUGAGGACAGGCACAGCGUGGGCAGCCGCGCCUCCCUACGCCCCACCAGCGCCAUGAGGAGACGUCGCGCAAAGCUGGCUUACUUCCAGACCAUCACGGAACCCACCGUGGUGGGAAUUGAAGAGGUCUUUGACAUCCUGCCCUUGUACGGCACCCUGAUGCCCGGCGAGUCAGAUACCAUCACCUUCACCUUCUACGGCCAUGCUGAUAUUGGAAGUGAAGCCAAGGCACUAUGCCACGUGGAGGGAGGCCCGUGCUAUGAGCUCGCACUCAAGGGAGAGGCGUCCAUCGUUCAGUACAACUUUGACACCAAGCAUAUUGAUUACGGCAAACGGAUGUUUGACCAAGUAGCAGAAGCCGAGAUCGUCCUGCACAACACUGGCAAGGUUGGCUUUGACUUCCAAGCCAUCAACAUGGAUCCCAGCGUCAGCCGGCGCCCCGUCCCCGGUGUCCCUGUCAUGAUCCCUCACAUGGGACACAUCGAGGCUUACCAGGAACAGACACUGCUGGUGAAAUUUCUGCCCGGCGUACCGGAGAAAUUCCACAAGAGCUUUGAUAUCCAAGUGGCCCACUUUGAGCCAGACUCCAUCAACCUCUGUGGUGAGGGUGUCUUCCCACGCAUCUCUCUGGACCUCCCCCGCCACGGCGACGAGGACGGCCUGUAUUCCACGCUCCUCAAGGAAGCUAAAGAGCACCUGGGUAGGGAUACACGCAAGGAAGGGAAGGCGGGGACUGGGGCCGGGUCACCUAUGCCUUCACCGACGCCCAGAGAUCCAUCGCACGAGGAUGCUAAGUCUAUACUGUCCAUGCAGCAUGACUUCCCGUCGGAGUUGGAGCUCCAGAUGGAAGUGGAACGCCUAGUAGUGAAGGAGUUUGCCGUGGACAUGCAACAGAGCAACAUAUCCAACCACGAGGCUUUGAUAACCACCGCACCAUCGCGACCUGCAUACAGCAAGACAUCCAGGGCCUCUAGAGGCAAGAAGAACACCAAACUCAAGGCCCGUUUACCAGACUACCUUCUGGAUUUCGGCUAUGUGGUUCUCGGUAUGGUGCGCACCCACAUCGUGCGUGCCACCAACACCGGCUUCUAUGCAGCCUCGUUCUCUGUGGAUCGCACCAGCUUGACGGGUACCGGUUUCAAUGUUGAGCUGGACCGCGUGCGUCAGCUGCCCGGUUACCCCGAGCAUGAGACCGUGGACUUCAGAGUCAGCUUUGACCCACGAGGGGCUAAUGUGGGACUGGGGGACUUACAGGCUGUGGUUCCUGUAAAUAUCGUGAAUGGACCCUGCGUCUUCCUGCGUCUGCGCGCCAACGUGACCAUGCCGGACAUGCAGAUCUCCACCGACUCGUUGGACUUCGGUCCCGUCCAGUGCGGUCAGUGUAAGGUCAUCACGGUCCAGCUACACAACAACCAACACGUCAAGUGUGAGUGGACGUCGCUUCCCACAGACAAAGAGAGAAAAAUGGAAAUAAUGAAACUCCUAAAGAUUGACAAGCACAUGCCGAUGCACCUAAGGCGCAAGCUCCGCCCAGAGAAAGCGCGACCACGUAACUUUGAGAUGAUGCCCCCUCUGGGCAUGCUACUGCCAGGCCAGAGGGUCAACGUACAGGUCAAGUUCAUGCCCACUGAAGAGAAACUCUACUCUGAUCGCAUCGUCAUCCGUCUGAGCCAGAGCAGUCAGCGUCUGACCCUGAUGGCCCACGGCACGGGUCUGGAACCCCGUAUCGAGUUCAACCAAUCCCUGCUGGAGUUCGACCCCAUCCUGCCUCACAGCAUCGGCGACGAGGUGGACGUGGUCGUCAAGAAUCCCUGCUCAUUCCCCAUCGAGUUCUAUUCGCUGGAGUUUGACGAUCAGUAUCUCGAUGAAGAGAAGAUGCUGAGAACUGUGAAGGACUACGACGAGCACGGCACCAUCUUGCUCCCGCCUCGCAUCCCUGGGGAGAAGUUGCCUCCCGAACUGUUGGAGCAUUACGAGGAGCUGAAGAAAACAGUGGAGGAAGAGGAAAAAGCUAAGGCUGAAGCUGCUGCUGCUGCUGCACAGGAAGCGACACAAGAUGAAGCAGCAGGAGGUCAGGAGGCAGUGGGCGGAGCCACAGAGGACGACCCAGCCAGCCAUGGAGGGUCCCUCUCGGUCCCCACUACCAAGGGACAAGCCACUUCCCCGACCAUUAGCCAGGAGGGUGACAAGAAGGGUGAGAAACCAGCCCCCGAGGGUGGGGAGGAGACUGAUAGACUGCAGCUGCCUAAGGAUAAGGAGGGACCUCAAGACAAGAAGGAUGCAGCCAGCAGUGUGGGCGUGGGAGAGCUCCUAGAGAUCACUCCCAUCUCGGCUGCCAUUGCCAGACACCUCGGUAUCGACCUGUCCCCUGAAGGCAAGGCAGCCAUGAGGCGUAGAGGGGUGGCUAUCAUGGUCCAUGGAGCACCCAUGUCAGGAAAAACCUCGACUGCCAUCACCCUAGCCAAAUACUACGAGGCAGCCCUUCUUACUGUCGACAGUGUGGUCUUAGAAGCUAUCUCCAAUGGCAACACCCCGGCCGGCCUGCGUGCCAGGGAGCUGUGUGCCCAGGCAGCCAAGGCGCAGCUGGUCAGGGAAGGGGACGGGAGCGAGAUGGCCGGGGGUGGUGGCGCCCCCGGGGCUGGGGGGCUGAGCGUCGAGGCUGUGGCGGCUCACUCUAUGGGACUUGGAGCUGGCUCAGGCUCAGUCAGCAUGGCUGGCGGUGGGGCCCAUUCCGUCAUCAGCAACCGCAAGACCAGCACCAUCUCCGGCCACAAACCGGUGGGAGGUGAGGCAGCCCCUGGCGUGGAAAAACCCGACAAGAAGGACAAGAAGGACAAGAAACAGGACGACAAUGCCACCCAGCUGUCUGGGAGUCCACCGCCAGCUGCUCCAAUCGCAAGGAGGCUGAGCGUCAGCGCCAGCGUGGCCGGGGAGGAAGGGCUGAUGAGCUGUCUGUUGCCUGAGGAAUUGUUGGUGGAGAUACUGGCUGAGAGACUUCAGCUCAAUGACUGCCAUCGCGGUAUAGUCAUCGAUAGCCUGGAGACCAUGUUCAGUCCUAACCACACGGCCACAGCCAACGCCCUCCUCAAGGCCUUCAACAACCGCAAGUACAUCUACUUUGUCACAUUGAAGCUGGAACAGUCUGUCUUCCAGGCUAGGGAGAAGCGGCUUCAGGAAGAGAAAGAGCGUCUUGAGAAAGAACAAGAAGAGGAGGAGAAACGCCGACUGGAGGAGAUGUCAGAAGAUGAGUACGAUAACCUGACUGAGGAGGAGAAAGCUGAUGUUGACCGCAAACGUCUCAAGUCCAAGAAGGAACGCCUCCUGAAAAAGGAGAUGGAAGAGCGACUUGAGAGGGAGAAAAAGGAGCGAGAACUUGCUGCUCUCCUUGAAGAAAAGAAAGUUGAAGAUGAUAAGAAAGGAAAGAAGAAAGGAGCCAAGGGCCAAGAGAAAGAUGCCAAGGGGGCACCCUUGAAGAAAUCCCAGGAGGGAGGAGGCAAGGCAGGCCCCACGGCCAGCCAGGCGGGGAUGAAGAGACCCCCCGGGGAUCAGGGGAAACACGACCAGCCAGCCCUGCCCUCUGAGCACGGCCUCAAGGCAGGGGCGUCGUCGGUCAUUGAGAGACCCGAGUCUCACGGGACGGCCGGAAGCGAAUCACAGGAGGAAGGUGGAAAGAAGCGUAAGAAGGACAAGACUCGGCCAAUCUCCAACGAAGUCGUCCCAGAGCCUGAACCGGAGAGGGACCCAGCCAAGGAAGCUGAGAUGCUACUGACGUGUCGCUUCAAGGCCUUCGAGCACGGCCUGAAAGAAAUUGAGAAGAUUCUGGAUCGAUGGGACAGGACCAUCGGACAAGUUGUUAUUGACCCGCUGGCAGACGAAAUGGAGGCUGAGGAGAUACCAGCUCAUCCUCCCUCUGGGCGUAAGGGCAAAAGCAAGGCAGAGAAGGAAAAGGAGAGGGAGCGAGAGAAGGAACGAGAACGGCUGGAAAGAGAAUGGCUGGAAAAGGAGAAAGCAGAAAAGGCAUUGGCCGAGAGCGGCGAGCAGGGGGACCUCAAGGACGGAGAUGACGAAAAAGACGGAGGCAAGAAAGAUGAGGUUGGCGUACCCCACCUCCUGAUGGAUGCCAGCGAGCCCGACACCCAGAUGGGCGACCGGGUACUGGGUACCAAACGCCUGCCCACAUCUGCUGAGGUUCUAGAUGGGUUAGGGUUAGGGCCCAACGGCCCACCCAUGCCCCCAUCGGCGAUGUUCUCCGUUGUACCUUAUCCUGUCAAGAGGAAGGCUCCUUUGGGUGCAGAUCCGUCUGGACAUUAUGUCUUUGUGGCAUCCUCACCUGAUGACCCGAAUGUAAUUCCGGAGGAGAAAACCAAGGAAGUGGACCAGGAACCAGACUCCUCCACUCCAGACAAGGCCAGAGAGAAGGAUGAACACACCACACCCACCGGUAAGGGCAAAGGCAAGGACAAAACCCGCUCUGGGGCGGAGAGCACAAGCUCCCGUCGCCGGUCUGCCAAGGGUUCCCGUAACCGCAAAGGGUCACUGACGGUCACCUCCCCACCCCCAGGGACCACCACCCCGGGGUCAGACUUUGACGGUCAGAGCAGCACGGCCGGGGACAUGUCUGCCAUGCAGGAGCCGAAGAACCCCAAGCUUGGUAUUUUCCGCUGGACUAUCGGUGCUGAGUCAGCGAUUCUCCUGCGUCUCCGCUUCCAGUCGGAUGAGCUCGGCCAGUUUGACCAGACGCUGAAUUUUGAGAUCGUUGGUACUCGACGACGCUACCAACUGUACUGCCGCGGGGUUUGCAGCUUCCCAAACAUCAGCCGUGAACCGAGGAUUGUCUUCCCCCACCGCAAGAAGAGCAAGCGAGCAGACGAAAUCGUCCACAAGAAGUACAUCCUGAGCUCAGAGACACUGCAGAUGGGUCCUCUCUUAGCCGGCAAGUCCCGGGACCGCUACAAGGAUGGCCGUUACCCGGAGAACUCAGAGAAACUGACCAUCAAUAACUCCUCGCCGCUGGAGGCCGAGGUUGCGUUCUGCUUCCAGCACGAUAGCAACGCGACCACCUUCCUGAUGGAACCGACAACAAUGACGCUGAAACCCGGCGAAUCUCAGGAAUUGACGUUGUGGGUUUACCCUAAGAACCAAGGCUUCUUUGAAGACAGCAUUGUGUGCUGCGUCAAGGAGAACCCAGAGCCUACCCUCUUCAAGAUCAGCUGCUAUGGCGUGCGCCCCGAGCUGGAACUAGACAAGAAACAACUGCACUUUGAGAAAGUUCUCCUGCACAGGAAAGAUACCAAGACCAUCUAUCUUCGCAACAGCACCUUACUCCCCGUAGCCUGGCGUCUCAGCGGGCUGGAGAACCUUGGUGAUGACUUCUCAGUGACCACGGAUACCGGCGUGAUUGACCCCAAGUCAGAGUUUGCUCUCAACGCUCACUUCAGGGCCAUGAGACCUACUAACCUGAAGAAGAUGAUCCGAUUAGAGGUCUCAGAUGUAGAGAAUAUCAUGGGUCUCCUCCAGACAGAGAACAUCCAAGUCCUAGCAGAGGCUUACGAUGUUGCCUUAGAUAUGAGCUUCCCUAAGGGUGCUGACGGUGGCUUGGACUUUGGCACCAUCCGCGUCAUGGAUGAGACGAAGCAGACAUGCUCACUCAAGAACAAGGGACGAUAUGAGAUAGCAUUCAGCUUCAAUUUUGAGACGACAGAAACGUGCGGUCAGGAGAUCAUCAAUCUGUUCUCAGUCAUCCCCCAGAAGGGAGUCUUGGUACCCAACGAUCGACCCACGCAGGUCCAGGUCAUCUUCAGGUCACGGAAAGAGGUCACCAUCAGAGACCAGCCAAUGCUGAAAUGCCAGGUGAUCGAGCCCAACAUAUCUGAUGGCGGGGAGACCAUCGCCAGCAUCCCUGUCAAGCUGGGCGUCCGCAGCAUCUUCAGCAAGUACAACGUCUACCCGGUCGGCGACAUCAACUUUGGCGCCGUGCUGGUCAGCCAGCGCCGCACGCGAUCCUUCAUCAUCGAGAACAAAGGAGAGUUUGAUUUUAAGUAUAAUAUCAAUCGGAUGAGCCGGGAUUCCCAGCCCAUGCAGCCUCUACUCAGGGGAAGAGUCGGUUCUCGAGCGUCAAAGGCUUCCUUCCAGUUUCUGAGGCCUGGAGGAGGCAAUAAGCGCAGUAAAUCCAGGGAUGGCUCCAGCUCUGGCCGCUCUGUGGCUAAGCCCAAGAGAGCAGACUCCAUGAGGCUUUCUACGAGGCAAGACAUGGGCGGUGGAGGCGGUGGUGGGGGCGGUGGGGGUAGCACCACCAGACUACAGCUUGGAAUGUUCACCGUCUACCCUGCCUAUGGCGUGGUCUAUCCCAACAACCAGCAGAUCAUUCAGGUGGAAUGCCUGCCGGAGAUUACUGGAAAGGGAGAUGAGGACCUAGCCAUUGAGAUCACAGACCGCGACCCGGCCGACCAUCCCCAGGGCAUCCCUUACAAGAUCCUAGCCGAAGCCUGCAGCCCUGGUAUCAACCUAGUAGACCUAGCCUCAAUCUUCGAGGAACACCGCGUGGUCAAGAACCUCAGCGUCUUCCUGAACAGUCACCAGUUGGAGCUGGAUGGGGGAGGGGUGUACGGAGAAGAUGAAAACAAAUUCAUCUUCGGUCACGUGCUUGUGGGACGGAAAGUUAAGGCUCGGUUCAAGAUCUCCAACGCCAACAAGGUAUCUUGCGACGUGGUGUUCUCCUGCAAGCUCGUCACCUCCAAACCGUCCUCUAAGCUUCAGGACAUCUUUGAGGUGGAGCCGUCCAGGGCGUCUAUCCCAGCUCACAGCCACGUCUACGCCACCGUCAACUUUGGCCCUCCAUCAAUGCAGACCUACACCGGUCAGUUUGAGGUCAUCCUGGACGGCCUGACCGGUCCUCUGGCCAAGCAGAAGAACCUGUCCUUUGAAGUCCAAGGCGAGGGCAACCUGCCUCGCGUCUCGAUCCAGAAACCGUCCAUACGCAACAAGAAAGGGAGCCCUCUGCUGCUGUUCAAGCGAUUGCUGCUUGGGAACACGCAGAUACUGCCGCUGUGCCUGAAGAACGAUGGAACAUUGCCAAGCAAGGUGGAUAUUGAUCUGAAUGAUCCCAGUGGUGUGUACAGUCUACAGAGCUCUGAAGACACCAAGCUGAUCUAUCCCAUGCAAACGGAUAUCCAGGCAUAUGUCAACGAUGACAUUGAGGAGCCCAUCCGCCAUCCCCACACCGCCUCCAUCAUCGUCGGUGUCGGAGAGGAAGCCACCUUCCAAGUGGUCUUCAAGCCGGACGGGGCCCAGCGCUGCGAGGGGUCCAUCCGAGUGACCGUCGUGGACAACCAGUACGAGGACCGGGUGGUCCAGCUGGUCGGUGAAGGGUACCAGGAUGAGAUCACGCUGGAGAAUAUACACAGCUUACCGGCCGAGGAGAACGUGGAACAGUUACUUGGGGACGACAGCCAAGUCUCAGCUGUGCCGUCCAAUCACAUCCAGUUUGGUGACUGCCACGUGGGGGAGUCCUAUCAGCUGACCUUCACGAUGACCAAUCACAACGCCUCGGACACCGUCCGCUUCCAGUGGCCAGAGCACCCACAGCUCAAGUUCUCUCCCUCCGUCGGUCACCUGCACGGCGGCUUGUCCAAGGAUAUCUCCGUCACGUUCAAGACAGACGAGGCGGUGAAUUUACUGGAUUCCAUCGUCAGCUGUAAAGUCUGCAAGAUCACAUUUGACAAGCCAGUCGAUCAGAUUGCUGAUUGGGACGACAGGAUGCGGACUGUCAAAUGGGUUGACAUCCCCGUGGCAUCCCUCCUCCGACCCCCGACCUCCGGCGAGGCCUCGACCAACCGACCCAAGUCCAACCAGGAUGCCAAGAAAGAAGAGAAAGAAGCCAAGAAGGAGCAUCGGAAGGGCGGGGCUAAGGAGAAAGAGGCGGCGAAGGAGGCCGCCUUGGAGAUGGUUGAUAAGGAGAAGACGGAGGAGGAGAUAAGGAGAAAGAUCGCUGCUGGGGAGCUGGCUGCUGAGGUGCCCAAACCUGCCAAGAAAAAGGUUAUUGAGACAGAGCCAGAGCCCGUCCACACACCCCUGGACGAUACAAGCCGUGAUGUUGAGCUGCGUGUCAGCGCCAAUGCGGACUAUGCCAAGUAUAAAUGCAAGACAGACUCCAUCCACUUCAAGGACACGCUCAUGUUCCAAACCAGACAGUUUGCGUUCCAGCUCACCAACAAGGGCACCGUCCAGCUCUCCUACAACUGGCAGGUCGUCAUGGAAGAAGAGAUCCUGCGACGCAAGUCCGUCAGCUUUGCCGACGAGGACCAGCUACGCUUACCCUCACGCUGUAGCACGGCGCUCAGCGGUACCGAAUCCCUAGACGUCUACCCGUUCACCGUCAUCCCAGACAUGGGUACUGUCGGUGUCGGCAAGAAGCAGAACUUCGUGGUUAAGUUCUCGCCGCUGGACAUGCAUGACUUUGAAGGGCGUAUCAUCUGCAGGAUCCCCAAUCUUGAAGAAGGUAAACAGGGCCCAGUCAUCGCGGUCCGCGGCCGCAGUCUCAUGCCCUACUGCCACUUCGAACUGGAGGACUCCGACUACAUCACCGGUUCUCGUCGCAACCCGGAACUCCGCGGUCCGGGCGGGGCCCCGCCGGGCGCCACCCUAGACCCCAACACCCGGGUCAUCGAGUUCAGCUCCGUCGGAGUCCAGGUGCGGAACCGGCGAGGUUUCUACAUCAUCAAUCCCACAAACACCCAGUAUUCGUUCGUCUGGAGUUGCGAGGACGAGGAGGACCCCAAGAAAAUGAAGCAGUUCAGCUGCGUGACGACGAAAGGGUUCGUCGCACCAGGCAAGAAAACGGAGAUCAGUUUUGAGUUCACUCCAUCCCAGCUGGGCGUCGUGGAAUCCUUCUGGCGGUUCACCAUACCUGAGCAGAAUAUCCUGGUCCCGUUCCUCCUAGUGGGUGACGCUAAAGAGCCUGCGGUGGCCACCGACCGAUCCCACAUCAACUUCAAGUCUCUGCUUCUAGGCAACACAGCCAGCGAGCGAGUCCAGCUUAUCAACAAUGAGAGUCGACCUUUCACCUUUGACAUCUCGGAGGCGUCAUGUCACUCGGAAGCCUUCUCCUCAGAACUGAAUGUCACUCCCAAGGAUGGCGUCAUUCCUCCAUUUGGCAGGAUACCCAUUGACGUCUCCUUCACCCCCCACGAGGAGAAAGUAGUCAACUUCAACGUAGAGAUAAACAUCAAGAAGAAGACGUUGCCCAUCUACCUGAACGUCAAGGCAGAGGGAUACUCCAUGAACGCCAAGGUGUUGUGUGAGGACUCGACGGGCAAGAACGUCCCCCUGUCAUGCAGGGGGAUAAACGAGAUCAACUUUGGAGAGGUGGAAGUGAACGAGAAAGCCGUGCGGUCCAUCUUCAUCGUCAACUCCGGCAAGUUCAACUUUGACUUUGAGUGGACCCUGAAGGAGCGCGCCGGCAAGGCGGUCAAGAUGGUGACUAUCUCCCCUGAGAGCGGCCUGGUGCCUUGCAACGACCGCAAACGCUGCGUGCUGGCAUUCAAACCGCCUCACAAGACCUCCCUGCGGGGCUGCGAGCUCCUACUCAAGGUAACCAACGGUCCCACCUACCAGAUAGUCCUAGCUGGUCAGGGCGUGGCCCCUGGUCUACAUUUCUCCUUCACCAAGUAUGACUUUGGACCGUGCUUCAUCCACCGCGCUGGCAUGCCCACUCUGUCCAAUGUGCUGACGGUGACCAAUAGGGAUUCAAAGGCUAUCAGCGUUGAUUGCCUGUAUACCAGUACCUCCCAUCUUGAGGUCCAGUUCUCAGCCUGCGUCUUACAGCCUGGUGACAGCCGUGAGGUCCAGCUAACCUUCUACCCAAGGGAGGCCAUCAAAUACAGGGAGCUGGUUGUCUUUGAGGUCAACGGGUUGUCCAGGACUCAGGUGGAGAUCCUUGGCGAGGGUACUGAGAUGCGAGUCGAGGUGGCCAACCCAAAAGACAAACUGGUCAACUUUGGCGCCCUGCGCGUCGGCGAGGCGGUCAAGCGUACCGUCCCGGUCAUCAACAACAGCCCGGCCCCGCUGUCCUUCACUGUGGUCAUCACGCCACUCAGUCCGAUCCUCCAACAGCUACCCCAGGUCCUGUCCCUGGCUCCCACCAAAGAGAUCCAUCUCAAACCAAAAGGAGGCACUUGUAAUCUUGACUUGGUCUUCACGCCCAAGUGUCGGAUCCCACAGUUCACAGAGGAGGUGAUGCUUGAGUGUGCUGGCCUGUCCCAACCACUGUUUGUAGUGACAGGCUCCUGCCAGGGGAUCGACAUCAGUCUGGAUCAGGAGUCUAUCCCCUUUGGAGCCGUGGUCCAGCGCAGUAGCACCACACGCAAGCUGCUCAUGUACAACACUGGCGACAUAGGAGCAGGUUUCAAGUGGAACGUAGAGAAGUUUGCCCCCGAUUUCUCCAUCAGUCCCACCGAGGGCUACGUCUCCCCUGGCAUGACUGUGCCCUUUGAAGUCACUUUCUUCCCCAAGGACCUGAGCCAAGACAUCCGCUAUGAUAAGCUGCGUUGCCACAUUGAGGGCGGUCGCCCGUUACGCCUAGUCCUGACCGGCAUGUGCGUGGGCAGCCAGCCCCAGAAGGAAGUCCUACACUUCAACACCCACGUCCGUGUGAAGGACACGCGCUCCCUGACCCUGCACAACCGCACCAAUCAACGCUGGGAGUUACGGCCGGUCAUCGAGGGGGAGCACUGGACCGGGGCGGAUACUAUCAUGCUGGAACCCCAGCAGAGUAAACCGUUUGAGAUGACGUAUAGGCCGCUGAUCAUGACGGCCGAAGGAAAGAAGCAUACAGGGACAGUAUUCUUUGCCUUACCAGACGGCUCCGGCCUCCUGUACAAUCUUACAGGCGUAUCGGAACCCCCUAAGGCAGCAGGUAGCGUCACUAGAGAGGUGCCUAGUAAGACGUACUACACGGAGCUAUUGUCUGUCUCAAACUGGCUCAAGAGACCACAGAGAUUCAAGGUAGUGAUUGAGAUGAUGAAACCAGACAAAUUAGACACGGCUACCACGCUGAAGGGACUGGACUACAUCGACGUGCCGGGCCACAGCAAGAGAGACUACAAACUCAACUUCUUCUGUCAUAAGGAGGCAUCUUACUCUGCCAAGGUUAUCUUCCGCAAUGAGGUAUCCAACGAGUUCCAGUUCUACUACGUGACCUUCAAGAGCACCGCCCCAGGCAUCAUCGACACCAUCGAGAUGACCACGCCGGUCCGCCUGAGCACCUCUCACACCAUCUCCUUGGACAAUCCUCUCAGCAUGCCUGUCACCUUCACUACAAACUGCCCUGUCACUGAUAUCAUGCUGCCACCACAGCUGGUGGUCCCUCCGCAGUCAGAGGGCUCUCUGAGCUUUGAGUUCCUGCCUCUCAAGACUGGUGUGACCAACAGCAAGUUACAGCUAAGCAGCGCCGAGCUGGGCAUGUUCCAAUAUGACCUGCUGCUGACAGCAACUGCAGCAGGGCCGGAGAAGGCUGUAUACCUCAGGGCGCCGCUGGGGGGUAAUCAGCAACAGACGGCGAGGUUCGUCAACUUUGCCAAGAUCAAGACAGAAUACACUUGCAAGGUUGAUAACAGUGACUUCCAUUCUGACAAGAACCUGACCGCAGCCCCUGGCUCCAGCGGUGGCUCCGAAGUCAGCAUCGACAUCACCUUUGAACCAUCUCGCCUCGGGGAAACCCGUGGCACCCUCACCGUGACCUCCAGCGUGGGCGGAGAGUACACCUUCCCCCUCUUCGGCACUUGCAUCCCGCCCAAACCCCAGGGCCCGUACACCAUCAAAGCCAACUCGACCACCUCCAUCCCGUUCCGGAAUAUCUUCCCCCACACCACGGCCUUCACCUUCCAGGUCGACAAUCCGGCGUUCUCCUGCAAACCCGGCGAGAGCAUCCGAGGCAAGAAGCAGCAUAACAUCAUCGUUGGGUACGACGGCAACCCGGACCCUACCAAGGCGCCCAGGAUGGGUAAGCUGGUGGUGACGUGCCCGCGGUCGGCCGGUGGGAACGCUAACGUGGCUUGGACCUUCUACUUGAAAGGAAUUACUCCGUGAGAUAUGUAUCGAUCUUGCUUGUGUGGUUUUCUGUAAGUAAUGUAUGUGAUGUGGAUAUUAAGUUGUUGGUAAUAAUAAAAGGAUAUGAAGUUUGUAAUAAUAUUAUUAAAAAAACUAGAUGCUAUCAUUUUUCAGCUUUGCUCGACUUAGGAUAUUAGUGCUUACGUUUUUUUUUCCAGUCUUUGAAGACUUUAACAUAUGUAUAUGUAUGUAAGUUAGUGUUCACUAAUUUUUAAUUAAUUAAUAAAUAAAUAACGAGUUGAGAAUCUGACUU